AACCCGCCGGUGUUCCCGGGCCAGGUACCCGUUCCGGGCGGGAACACGCCCUGUGACAGCGCGCCCGGCCCUCGCCUUGGGUAACCUCGAUUCCGGGGCGGCAGCGGCCAGAGUCCGCAGCGCACGCGGCCGGGGCGGACCCGAGCCCGCCCGCCCAGUGCACGCCGGUCCCGCCGCCGGGCGCCCGCCGCCUCCUCAGCGGCGGCUCCGCUCGCGACCGCGCCGUCCCGCCUGGUGGCCCCUCGGCCACUCGCCCGCCCAUGCUCGUGGCCACCAGGAGAGCUCGCAGGCUCUUCCACAGCCUCUUCCUGGCCCCGAGAAUGGGCGACACCACCUCUAAGAUCGUCAGCCCCCAGGAGGCCUUCCCGGGCCGGAAGGAGGCGAUCCUCGUAGCGGCCAAACAUCAUGUCAGUGGCAACAGAACAGUUGAACCUUUCCCAGAGGGAACACAGAUGGCUGUAUUUGGAAUGGGUUGUUUCUGGGGAGCCGAAAGGAAAUUCUGGACCCUGAAAGGAGUGUAUUCCACUCAAGUUGGCUUUGCAGGAGGCUACACUCCCAAUCCUACUUAUAAAGAAGUCUGCUCAGGAAAAACCGGGCAUGCAGAAGUAGUCCGAGUGGUGUACCAGCCAGAACGCAUCAGCUUUGAGGAACUGCUCAAGGUCUUCUGGGAGAAUCAUGACCCGACCCAAGGCAUGCGCCAAGGCAAUGACUACGGCUCUCAGUACCGCUCAGCCAUCUACCCAACCUCUGCGGACCACAUGGAGGCGGCCCUGAGGUCCAAAGAGGACUACCAGAAGGGUGCUGGAUGGGAGAAGAGAAUUCCCACAUCUUCACUUUUUGGAAAAGGUUCUUUCAGAGCACGGCUAUGGCCUGAUCACGACCGACAUCCGGGAGGGACAAACUUUCUACUACGCCGAGGAUUACCACCAGCAGUACCUGAGCAAGAACCCCGACGGGUACUGCGGCCUCGGGGGCACCGGAGUGUCCUGUCCACUGGGUAUUAAAAAGUAAUUUCUCCCCAUGUGGUCGACCCUGGGGGUCACAGCAAAAAUGCUUCCAACAAAUCAGGCAGUUCUUUUGUGGUUCACAUCAGUGGCUCUUUGAAGUGCCCCAAGCACAAAGGCAUUCAUAAAAAUCUCGUUUAUUGAGGUGUAAUUUACAGGAAGUGCAAUGGCAAGUUGAUAACAUGUAAUUUAUCUUCUAAUAAGUUGUGGUGGGCGUAGAGCUAUGAAAUUGUUUGGAUCCCUUGGGGUCUGAAUGAGAAUAACGAAUACACUGUGCUCACCCUUCUUGUGCCUGGCUGCCUGCCCUGGAAGCUGGGAGACUGUCGGACAGGACAGGGCGUGUUGGAAAGCCUUCCUCUGUGCCCUGUCCUGCCUCACAUGCCCUUCUGCCCUCCAGUGCCUUAAAAUUUGCAAACAUUUGUAGCCUCAAUGAAUCAUUCCCUGAAAUGCUUUGCUCUACGAUCCUGUCCCUGGGGAGGGGGCUUUCUCUCCCUUUUCAGCCCUCCGUGUGGCCGAGAAAAGAUGUGUUAGUUUGAUGAAUGCCAGCGCUUUGCUUACAGCUGUGAGAAAUGCUUGUUCUAAUAAAAGUCUACAGUCUAAUAAUG